AAGUUUUGCUGUGAAGAACCUCUUAAUUCUGAAGGCUUAAAUUUAUUGAAGGAAAAUGAUGAUAUAUGUGGUAAUUUCGCAGAUCUGAGGGUUUAUAACGCAAGAAAAAUUAGAAUGGGAUCAAGGCCGUGGAUGGCAUUACUGGAGUACAACGUAACACAGCCUUUCAGGGCACGGUUUCAAUGUGGCGGAACUCUAAUUACUUCGAAAUUUGUCUUGACGGCUGCGCACUGUAUCAAAGAGACCCUGGUAUCCGUCCGUUUGGGGGAAUAUGAUAUUAGUGAGCCCCUAGACUGUUUGAUGAUUGGCAAUAAGAAAACAUGUCUGGAUGGACCACUGGACGUCCCGGUCGACAAAAAAAUCACCCAUCCGCAAUUCGACAAUUUUUUUUUAUACAACGAUAUAGCAUUGCUCCGCCUACAAGACCCAGUCCGCAUCACCGAUUGGAUUCGACCCAUAUGCCUGCCGCUGUCUCUAGAGCUCCAGUUGGAGAGUCAAACCAACAUACUGAUGGAGGUAGUCGGCUGGGGUUUAACGGAACAAAAUGCUCUCUCAAACGUCGCCAAAAAGGGAUUCGUUAAUCGUCUUCCGUUAACCCAGUGCAACAUCUUCAAUAUAGCGGACAAACGAAUAUGUGCCAGCGCCAAUGGAAUUGAUGCCUGCCAGGGUGACUCCGGGGGACCACUGACCUAUCCCACUUCAUACAAUGGCAAGCAGCGUUUGGUGCAAGUCGGAAUUGUGAGCUACUCGGACGGGAAAGCAUCCGACUGUGGCCAACUGCCGCAUGCUUACUAUACGGAUGUUGCUGAAUAUAUGGGUUGGAUAACCGAAACCAUUGUUGAAAAAGAAUAACUCGUUACAGGGGCUUAACCAGCUUUAUUAUCAAAUAAAUUAUUUUAUUGCUCUAAA